UAGCUUGUUGAGAGCAGCUGCCUGGUUGCUAGACGACUCAUAUCUCCAACACUGAUGUGAAAACAGCAACGCUGCGUGGAAACAGGACAACGUUUGUGCGGAUUUCGGGACGUUACGACGUUUGUCACUGACACCAGCCGCGUAAAGAGGAAGAGUCGCAGUUUAGUGGACGAACAUUUCGCGUUGUAGCAUAGCCAGCGUCUCUUUUGUUGCCCCAUGUUUUUACUACUGCUAGCAGCAGCAAGAGGGGGGGACAUAAAGUGAGCUGCCUGUCCCUGAUUUAGAUUAAAAAAUGAGAGGUUACACACGGAGAAAGUCAAGGACAAGUUUUCCGACUUAAUGUGACGUUUGUUUUGCUGCAGUAAUGUUGAGUGCAGCUGCUAAAUUGUCUCUGGAGGCGAGUGAUGUUCAAACGGAUGAGGACUGUGAAGAGCUGGUCGAGGACCGCUUUUCUUUCUCGGCUGAUGUUUCAGAAAAGAGAACACGGAGGAAAAGAUCCUCUGUGAAGCCUCCACCUUCUCCAAUUGGUGUACAUUCAGGGUCUCCAUACCUCUCCAGCCUGAAUGUGAACCCCAGAAGAGCAGCAGUGGCUGCCUGGAGACUACCGAGGGCAUCCCUGGGGGACAACGGAGGUGAAGCUACUGGGGAGGUUGGCUCAGCUCGUCUCUCAUCCCUCAGCAACGGCCAUGAUCUGUCGCAAACGCUGAGAUCAGUGUGUGAUGUCACCCCAGAGCUUCUCAAACAGACCAUGAGUGUGAGGAAACACAAACAUCUCAACUCUGCAUCCAAUGGCUUCACCUUGGCCACAGGCGACCACAGAGAGAAAGAGGACAUGUAUGAUGAGAUAAUUCGCCUCAAGAAGAGUCUCCAGGCGCAGAAAACUGACAAUCAGCAAAUGAGGGUGAAACUGCGCCGUCUAGAGGAAGAUAAUGCAAAACGAGAGAAACAGAUCGAGGAACUGUUGGAUCCCACUAAAUGUUCCGAGUACACUCGUAGUUUGGUGGAUAAGAAAAAGGAAGGGAGCGUGGUUCUCAAUGGCCUGAAGCAGAGAAUCCUGAAGUUGGAGCAGCAGUGUAGAGAGAAAGAAAAUGCACUGAGCAAACUGCAAAGUGAGCUGAGGACCACCAGCCUGGAGGAGCUGAAGAUCACAGUAGAGACCUACUUCGAGGAGAUCCAGAGACUGAAGAUGCUUCUAGAAGCUGCAGAGAAAAGUAGCCGAGCAGAGAGCAAAUGCUCCCAGAGGCAGCAGAGAGCUUUAAACUCCACAGUUCAUCGUCUGUCAGAGAACCUGAAGCAGCUUCAACAAGAGAACGCAGCACUCCGCGAGGAGCUCAACACAGACAGCCCAGCUGGAGGAAUCAAAGGUUACAGGGAGUGGAGUAAACAGAGACUAUUGCGAAGGUUGUUGGAAGUAGAGAAGAGACGGGAAGAUGGCAGAAGACCCACCCAAUCAGCAAGGAGUAGCAGCCUAUUGGAUCAGGAGGUCCAGGUUACACCCACUGAUAUUCUGGGGUUUGCCAUAGCAACAGAGGCAGUGGUCUCCGUGGGAACAGUCACUGAAGAAGAGGAGGAGGUCUCAGAGUUGAGAGAAUGUCUCAGCCAUUUGGAGAAGGAGAGGGUGGAGCUGCGAGAAACACUGACGAGUAAAGAUGAUGAACUGAGACGAUUAAGGACAGAAAGGGAUGAACUGGAGAAAGAAACAGAAAGAUGGAGGGAAGAGCAAACUAAUGAACGGGACAAAGAGAGAGAGCAGCAUAAGCAGGAGCUGGAGCAAUUGUUGGAAAGGAUCCGAACACUGGAGGAUGACAAAAUUAAACCUGCACAAGCUGAGCUUUCUUCUCUCUCUGCCACAAUGACGGCGAACCACGAGGACAUUCAGGGCAGGUCAGGUCUGAGGGAGGGAGACGAGUCAGACACUGCAGGUAGAGAGGAGGAAGGGGAAAGAAAUGAAGACUUUAAAGAAAGAGAGAAAGCGGCAAGGAUCAUCCAGUCCAACUGGAGGGAGCACAGAAAUAGGGACACUGUGAUGUUGCAGUCAGCAAUAAGAGGCCAUCUCCUCAGAGAGUCGCAGCUCAUGGACUUGCUGAGAGACACUCAGAACAAGGCCGCAGCAGUGACAACAAACCAAGAGAGUGUCCCUUCACCUGUAUGUGCAGAAGUUGAUAUGGCUGCCCUGACGAUGAUACAGUCUGCGUUCAGGGGACACCUGGCUCGCUGUAGUCUUGCAAUAAAGAGCUCUGGGUUCCCCAUGCCUUCUCCAACGGGAACCAUGUUGCCUGCACUGGUACCAAGAAAAGCUCAUUCAAUAGCCAACAAAACCAAUGCUGCAAGGUCCCUUUAUAACGAAGAAACAAAGCAGGGUGACGAAGAUGAGCCAUGGCCUGUCUCUGGCACUCACACCUCCAGGGUGACACCCACAACUGAGCAAACAGAGCUCCAUCGCCCAGCUGAGUCCGGAGGAACCGCUGAAGUCGACUCUGAUGAUUCCGAUGACAUCAUCGUGUCUCCAUCACGGCCUCUGAGAAGCAGAGAAGUCUUGAUCUUGUAGAGCUCCUGACUUUUGUGUGUGUCUGUGUGUGUGUGUGUGUGAGAGAGAGAGAGAGAGUUACGUGUAGAAUUACUUCUCUCAUGGCCAUGUUUUUGUCCAGGUUUUUCCUGACCUGAAUAAUGAUAGCUGGGAUAUUCUAUUAUUCAGGAUAAAUGCAGACUCUGUAAGAGCUUCUCAAAGUAAUAAACUGAAAUCUGGGAAGUCAGGCACAUGCUCUUUUCAUAAUACAAAUAACCGCACAUCAACACCUCACUUUGAUCAUGCACUUAUUUAGGAAUCCACUUGUUGAUGCGCCCAGGGCUGCAAUGAAUGAUUAUUUUUAUAAUCGAUUCAUCUGUCGAUUUGUUUGGUUGUUUGA